AUGGAAGAGCCCCAGAAGAAGCUCAGUCAGAGGCACGAGGGGAGGCCCCGCAAAGUGCGCUUCAAAAUCUCGUCUGCCUACAGCGGCCGAGUGCUGAAACAGGUCUUUGAGGACGGGCAGGAGCUGGAGCUCCCGGCCAAAGAGCACUCCCGGCGCGUUGUCCGCCACUGCUUUGAGCCGGGGGAGCGCUGGGCCGGGGAGCUGCCCGAGGGCAGGCGGUACCCGCCCGCCAAGCUGAGUGCCCAGCGGAUCAGCAUAUUCAAAGAGGGGCAGACACUGGGCCUGGGCAGCACCUCGCCUCUGCUCGACUGCCAGCCCGGAGACAGCCGCUGCAAGGCUUCCCCAGUUCUAGACUUUGGCAAGAUCAUCAUCUACACAAACAAUCUGAAAAUCAUCCGUGCACCGAUGGACCAGAAAGAGCUCAUGAGAAGAAUCGUCCAGACUGAGGGAAUAAAUGACUGGGCCUUCAUAUAUCGGGAAAAGAAAGAAAGAUUUGGCAGUGGACAUAGAAAAGAUGUGGAAAAAAAGGUUGCCUGCAACCAGCACAUGCAGGAAGGAGAUGCUGAACAUGGUUGCUCCCAGUGUAAAGGGUCAGGCUCUGCCCCUUGCUCGCUGUGCCAUGGAAGCAAGUUUUCAAUGCUGGCAAACAGGUUCAGAGAGUCCUACCGGGCCCUGCGCUGCCCGGCUUGCAACGAAAGCGGUCUGCAGCCGUGCCAGAUCUGUGCUGCCUGA